AUGAAUACUGUCAGUCAUCCACCUACGUACUAUCAGAGAUCUGCUCCUUUCAUUAGAACGAAUUCGCAGUCACCUCUCACCCCAUCAGCCUUAUCAUAUACAACACCUUCACCUCAAAUACCAAAUUAUCCAUUCAUAUCGUCUAUAGAUCAUACUUCAAUGAAGAGACCAAUCCCUCCCGAUGUCCCGGGACAAUAUCCGCACCCACCAGAAAGACAAUUUAGCGUAGAGUCGCAACAUCAGCAUGAUGCAUCUGGACAAAAGAAGAAGAGAGUCAGUCUCAGCUGUGCACAAUGUGCCAAGCGAAAACAGAAGUGCAAUCGUGAAUUUCCCUGCAAUCAUUGUGAGUAUCAUCUUUGCUCGCCCUCACGAAAAGUGCCUGAGCUUUGUGUACCGUAUAACCCGCAGGCGAGCUCUAAUAACCAUGCUGGACCCGAUCCACAAACCGUGCAAAGGCUUGAAAGCAUUGAAGCUGUGUUGUCUGUCGUGGUAAGGCAUACUGGUGGGAUUACACAGUAUGAUGCCGUGCGAGACUGGAUCACCUCAUCCUCAUUCCAAAAACAUCUCGCUUCUGCUCCAUCAACCCCAUCAUCGCCACACCAUUUUCUAUCUCAUGGGAGCUUAGCAGGACCUUCCGGUUCACGACCGCCCACCAACGGAUCGGAACUGGGUCAGAAUGAUCUUGAAAGAGGCGCGAGUUCGGAUGAGGACGGUUUGGCCAAAGUAGGGAAAGGAUGGCUUGGAGAACUAGAGGGUGGUCUUCCUGAGACGAUGAACAUCAACGACAAGGUUAAGAUGAAGCUAGACAUACACGGAACUCCAGCUGAGAACCUGCAAAGACUGAUCACGGACUGUGGGGUCAGCCCACACAAGGUGGCUGAGCUCGUGCAGGAACUACCGCCGAAACACUUUGCCGACCGAAUUGUCGAUUGGUUCUUCGACAAACUAAAUUUCGUUCGAUAUCCCAUUGAUGAACGAUCAUUCCGAUCAUCAUACGAAGACCUAUAUAACAGGUCUACAGCCGUAGAUCCAUCAAAUGUUCGAGCUUUACCGCUGGUGUUCAUCGUCUUGGCUCUUGCUGUGAGGCAAGCGCCUGAUGAGUGGGCAGGUGAUGAGGAAACCAGAAAGCUAUCUAGUCUGAGAAUGUACUGGAGCUCUCGACGAAGUAUCUUGAUCGCUACGGCAGUCCAGUCAGAGAGCAUCGAGCUGGUCAUAACUCGACUUCUUAGUGCAAUGUAUCUGGUCCUGAUACAUGAUCGACGAUUGACCGAGUGUUGGUCACAGCUAGGUGCAUCCUUGCGCACAGCACAAGCUAUUGGUUUACAUCGUGACGGAUCAAAGUUGGGUCUUGACCCUUUCCAAACUGAGUAUCGAAGGCGAUUAUGGAGUUACCUGUAUCAUGCAGAUAAACUGUACAGUCUCGUGCUGGGCCGCCCACCAAGUAUCUCAGAUAGCUACACUGACACUCAACCGCCUUCAAACAUCGAUUUGACGGAAUACAACCCUGCUCUUGGCCUUCCACUACCACGUCCUUAUACAGAACCUACACCGGCCCUUUUCCUGAUCUUGAGGAAACGAUUGGCAGGAAUCAUUGGCAAGAUUGUUCACCAUUUCCAGAAACUAAAUGAGCCUGCUCAGUAUUCCGACGUAGAAAUGCUACAACAGGAUCUGGACGCAUUCGUUGAUCAACUACCACCUCAUUUCAGGAUGCAUGAUCCCGAUAAGACUUUAGAUCAAGUGCAUUUCUGGCUACCUGUGCACAGAUUAAUGCUAUUGACAGAGGUCCUGGUCACCACUAUAAUAUUGCAUCGACCUUGGCUUCUCCGAAAAUUGUCGAGUGAUCGAUAUGCUGCUUCUCGAACAGCUUGUUUCGAAGCUGCCAAACUCGACUUCCAAAUCAGGCAAGAUUUCCAACGGGAUGUGCCCGAUUUCCGCUUCCACGCCAUAACCGGGCAAUUCAAGAUGUUCAACAGUGCCAUGAUUGCUGGUAUAAGCGCUAUCAUAGAUCCUAGAGGUCCAGAUGCAGACCAAAUGAGACGAAUUCUGACUACUUUCUUGGAACAAAACCCUUGGCACGAGGUGGCCAGCAAAGAUGCCACAACCAAAAAGGAGGUACAAAUCAUUCAAACUUUGUCUCGAAGAGCAGCGCAGAUAUUUGAGGACUCUUUCGGUCCCGGAGAACUGAACUCGCACGAUAAAGAUUCUGUCGCUCUCCUUCUAGCUCUGCGGCAGAGCAACGAUUCAUCCACUCAUGCGAAUGCUUAUCCUCGAGGCGUCCAACCAAGAGAUGAAGCCCCUACACCCGGUGGACCCAGUACCAUACAGUUCACCAAACCAAUGCCGCCACCACGCACUUGGGGGAACAUCGGUGGAGGCGGCGUCCAGUUCGCACCUAUACAUCAUGGUGGAAUCACUCAAAGUCCUGCUUCAACAGGAAGUCAUGAAGACGAUCAUUCGCAGAAACUGUUGGAUCAUUGGAUCAAUGCUAACACUUCUCUAGCAGUCGGGUCCGUCAACGGAGCAGCACCAGCCUUUGAUUCCAUCGGGGGAAUGGGAUACUUAUCUAUGCCAUCAAUGGCGACGCCAUCUGCUGGCUUAGGAGGAUUAAACAACAUGUCACUGGGUCCUGGGCCAGGUUUGGCCCCAACUCCAGGAUCAAUACCAGGAUAUGUCAAUCAAUUCAUGGAGGAGACUCCUACUUCUACCAGUGGGUUCGUUGGACCUCCAGGAGAAUUCGGUUAUCCGAAUCAAUUCGGUCUGAUGGGUGGUAUAGCAGAUGUAGCUAUGAAUCAUGUUGGCUUAACAGGUGGAUUACCGAUCGAGCCAGGAACAGAAAGUAGUGAUGAAUAUUGGAAUACCUUGAUUGACGGGAUUUUGGGGACGACUACGAAUUCCACACAACCUAGUGGGCCUUGA